AUGUCAUCCCUGCAGCAGAAGCGACCCUGUGCUGAAGAACAAACCGAUACUUGUGAAGCUAAACGUUUUAACCUCCAGGUCUUUCAAAAAAUUCGGGGUGUCCUGUCAAGGGAUGGAACCGCAGAUAUUACAACCGUUCCCCCAAAAACCUAUUCAGAGCGCUUGGCAGCCAAGAAAGGCGAAAAGUCUCCUCUCAAAGACUACAAGGGCGCUGAACAUGAUCAUAACGACUCGCUUCGCGUUACGGUUCAUGUGCCGGACGACAAUGUCGUCAUCAAAUGCCAUGGUGACAUUGCGCUGAAGAUCAUUACUCGCAGCGCAGACUACACUGAGUUCACCGCCAUGAAACAUCUAGAAGGUCACAAACCGGGCAUUCCUGCAACGAGAAGCGAUACGAGAUGUUGA